GGACCACAGUUCAACAGCCAGCAGGGAGGCUACGGUCAACAGCAACAGCCGCAGGCAGCCGCAGGGACUCAGCCGCCAUAUAGCCAGGCCUCCGUCACCUCCCAGGUCCCGCCCACCUCGAGCCAGCAGGCUGAGCAGUUUUACUCCAGCGCCCAGAACCCAGCAGGCCCACGUGGCUACGCACCAUACAGCCGCCAGUCCACCGGUCAGCCUGGUGGUCAGCCAGCUGGCAUGGGAUCGUCUCAGAGCCCUGGUCCAGGUGCUGGGGACAUGGGUGCCCAGAAGAUGGGAGCGCAGGGUGGUGGUAUGCAGACCAUGGCGGGUCCAAUGAGUCAAGGGGCGGGCCCACAGACUAGCAUGUCAGGUGGGAUGGGCGGGCCUCCGGGCCAGAUGACAGGGCCCCCCCAGCCAGGCAUGGCCAAUCAGAUGGGUGGGCCUCAGGGGGGAAUGGGAGGCCCACAAGGGCAGAUGGUACCCCAGGGACAAAUGGGAACCCCUCAGGGGCAAAUGGGAGGCCCUCAACCUCAGAUGGGUGGGCCACAAGGUCAGAUGGGUGUACCCCCAGGCACCAUGGCUGGUCAGAUGGGAGGGCCCCAGUCCAACAUGCCUAGUCCAAUGGGUGGGCCCCAAGGCAGUAUGCCCAAUCAGAUGAUGCCUCAGGGAGGUAUGGCUAAUCAGAUGGGAGGUCAGGCUGGAAUGGGUGGUCCUCAGGGUAACAUGCAGCCAGGUUAUGGGGGCUAUAACCAGGCACAGUACUGAGGGCUGUUGGCUCUGCGUUGUGUGGAGUGGCUGCAUUUGUUGCUUGCCACAUAACAUAGGAUCAUCAAUGUUACAAGUGAUUUGUUGUAUCUUAUUACAGCCUAGUUUUACAGCAGAUGAUAUUGAAAUGAAAUCUUUUACAGUUUGAAAGUGUGUACUAAUACAUGCUUUUGAAUCUGUAAAAUGUUUACUUCUAAUAUCAGGAGUUCUUUUAGUUGCUUAAUUCUUUUUUUUAAAAAGCAACGGAAAUUAUAAGUUUACUGUUAUAAAAGAUACAUGCAUUUCUUGUGACAUUGACAAGAUUAAUGUUUUUGGGACCCCCAAGUGUUCAGUACAUUGCUCAGAUUUCUUUGAGAUUUUCUUGUGAGUGGUGAGUUUAUCUUUCACUGACAAGUAUUUGAUGUUUUCUGUUUGUAGAUUUGUGUGCACUUAUUGUGCUGUUGUAAAUUUAUGUAUUUCUCAUAUUGAGGGGGAAAAAAGAUAAAGAUCCUUUGUAACUGCCCUGAUGUCACACAGAGUAGCCUUUAUAGCUGAUAAGAGUUGCAAGAACUCUGAGGGAGACUCAAGCUGCUGGGUUUGAUAAAUUGCCUAAAUCAACCAAAGUUGAUGGUUGCUCGAACAUAUCUGCGUGCACGAAUCUACCAUUUUUUGCCUGUAAUUUUGCGGUCAGGGUUUUCCCGUCAAUAUAUAUAUGAGAGUUUUAUUCAAUUAAUUUUGUCAGCAUGACAUGAUGACAUGUGUUUUGGUGAGAUUUGCCGCCAUGUUUAAAAUUGCCAUUGGGUUACUGGAAUCAAAGUAACGAUUCUUUGAGUCUGACAUUUAUUUCACUAAUUUAGACAAAGACGAAAAGUUUAAUUAUAAUGAUAAUAAAUAGCAUUUACGCUGCGCUUUUCCAUUUUCUAAAAAAAUGCUCAGUGCACAUUACAUAAAAAGAGACAUCACAUACUUAAAAAUUAUGUAUAGAGUUAGGAGCCGUCUGGUGGGGGAGGGGCUAAUUUUUUAGAGCAAGGUCUUUGGGGGGAAUUGAGAUAAUGUAGUAAUAGUUUGGGGUGCUGCCUCUUUGCUUUUUUUGACUUGUAUCGUAAUGUUUUCUAAGUGAAAAUGUUUCGGUUAAUGCAAGGACCACUGAGAUUGAUAAAUGCUUUGUUAUGUAAUUGUGCACAUUUGUACCUUUUUUUCUUCUCAUAACUUGAGCAUAUUUUGUUAUUUUCUUUCAUCGUUUGUGUACUUUUGUGUUUGAUUCUUAAUGAGUGGAUAUACAGUAGUCUCCGCCUAAGAUCCCACCGCUUAGAAUCCCGGUUCGCUUAAGAUCCCGCUUUUUUUAGAAAACAGAAUUUGUACAAUACAAAAGUUAUCCUUAAGAUCCCGCUCAAAGUCACUCAGAAGGUGUACAUUUGGCUAAGAUCCCGCAUUUCAGAUCAUAAUUUGUGGAACAAAAA